GCCGGAGGCGCGGGCAGAGGCGCAGGAGCUCGGCGCCGCCAGCCGCCCCGUCGGCGCCCGGAGAGGAGCGGGGACGCGGUUUUUUGGGGGCGUUUUUUUCGCCGGCCCCAUGGAUUACCAGCCCGGCAUCAUCCGGGACGGCAGCCCUAUGGAGAACCUGGAGAAGCAGCUCAUCUGCCCCAUCUGCCUGGAGAUGUUCACCAAGCCCGUGGUGAUCCUGCCCUGCCAGCACAACCUCUGCCGCAAGUGCGCCAACGACGUCUUCCAGGCUGCCAACCCGUACUGGCAGAGCCGGGGCAGCGUCAUCUCGGGGGGCCGUUUCCGGUGCCCGUCCUGCCGCCACGAGGUGCUCCUGGACCGCCACGGCGUCUACGGGCUGCAGAGGAACCUGCUGGUGGAGAACAUCAUCGACAUCUACAAGCAGGAGUGCUCCAGCAGGCCCCUGCAGAAGGGCGAGCACCCCAUGUGCAAGGAGCACGAGGACGAGCGCAUCAACAUCUACUGCCUCACCUGCGAGGUGCCCACCUGCUCCAUGUGCAAGGUCUUCGGCGUCCACAAGGACUGCGAGGUGGCCCCGCUGCAGAGCGUCUUCCAGGGCCAGAAGAGCGAGCUGAACAACUGCAUCUCCAUGCUGGUGGCCGGCAACGACAGGAUCCAGACGAUCAUCAGCCAGCUGGAGGACUCGUGCCGGAGAACCGAGGAGAACAGCCGGGCGGCGGAGCGGGAGCUGUGCGAGAGGUUCGGCGCCCUCGAGGCGCUCCUGGAGGAGAAGAAGACGGAGCUGCUGCGGCGCGUCGCCAAGGAGCGCGAGGACAAGACGGGCUUCGUGCAAGCCCUCAUCCACAAGUACAAGGAGCAGCUGGAGAAGUCGUCCCGCCUGGUGGAGACGGCCAUCCAGGCCAUGGAGGAGACCGGCGGCGCCGCCUUCCUCAUGAACGCCAAGCAGCUCAUCAAAACGAUCGUGGAGGCCUCCAAGGGCGGCCGGCUGGAGAAGAUCGAGCAAGGCUUCGAGAACAUGGACGGCUUCUCCGUGAGCCUGGACCACAUCGCCGCCGCCGUCCGGGCCUUAGACUUCGAAACAGAGGAGGAAGACGAUGAGUUCUUUGAGGAGGAGGAAGAAGAGACCGAAGAAGAAGCGGCGCCGGCGAAGAGGGUGGAGGCUCCCCAGUAGCCGCCGCGACGUUGCCGGAGCGGAAGCAGCUCCGCGGGCGCAGGCGGCCCGGGGCCGGGGCGGCGGAGGCCUCCGCGCCGGCCGGGGGGGGACGGAGGGUCCCGGGGGGUCCGGGGCGGGGGGUGGGCUGGGGAGGGGGGGAGCGGGGCCGUCCCCGCCGGCCGCUCGCGCGGAGCGGCGCUUUUCUGUACGGGUGCACGGAGGGCUGUUCCGCACGUUUUGUACGCUCUUGUUUUGUAUAUAAUUGUAACGGCCGGGAAUUUUGUGUAUUUUGUAAAGAAAACAAAACAAAACAAAACAAAAUCGAAAACGGUA